GACAAACGAAAAAAGACAGUUUUUAUCUUCAAAGGAAAAAUAGGAAAUUGGUGUCGUCUUCUUUCUAGUGCUUUGGAUGCCUCUUCUCGGGUCUCGAGCUUCUCCUCUUUACCUCUCUCUCUCUCUCUCUCUCUCUCUCUCUCUCUCUUUCAUGAACUCACUACACAAACAAACCCGACUACUCUAACUCCUUUCUACAUUCAAGAUUCUUGGUUCUAUGCUUUUUGCUACACUUCAUUUAUCUCCCAUUUUCUUUCUUGAUAUUUUAUUGUUGCAGCUUGUUGCGACAUUGUCGCCCUUGACGGUUCUGUGUCAGAACCAUUCUUUUCUUUGUCUUUCUCUUCGGUUUCUUGAAAAUAAAUAUAUUAAAAAGGACAAAGAAUUACUAUCUGGAUAACUUUAGUGGUCCAUCUGGCCCAAAAUCUUUGAUCUUUGACAACUAACAUUUGGAUUUUUUUGAGGUUUAAUAUUCCAAAAAGAAGUGUGGAUGUUAUAGACCUAAAGGCGAAAAUCGGUUGGUUUCUUGAUUGUAUCAAGAUUUGGGGGAAAUGGGUUGUGUUGCAUCGAGAAUUGAUAAAGAAGAGAGGGUGAGAAUGUGUAAGGAGAGGAAGAGGCUGAUGAAACAGUUGUUGAGAUAUAGGAAAGAAUUUGCUGAUGCUCAGAUAGCAUAUUUGAGGUCAUUGAGGAAUAGUGGAGUGACACUUAGGCAGUUUACUGAGCCCGAAUCUUUGGAAUUCGAGGAAACGAAUUCUGCUGCUGGAUUCCCUCCGUCCCCUCCUCCCCCGUUGCCACCAUCACCACCACCUCCGCCCACUUUCGGCCCCGACCUAAGGAAGUUUGAAAGUAAGUCGGGGGAGGCUCAAUCUGCCGUGGAGGAGAUCAUUGAGGUCGAUGAGGAGAGUGGCCAUACGCCACCCCCACCAGUUCCUAGCUCGUCUUGGGAAUAUUGGGACGUCUUUGGCUCUGCCUCGGUGCACUGUGAGAAGAGAAGUGAGACGGUGGAGCAGGGCGAAGAGGAGAACUGGAAGGAUACAAACACUGAGUUCAUAGAAGAAGAUGAGGAAGAGGCAGCUUUUGCUGUUGAUGACAAUGACACUGACAUGCUGCCUCCUCCCGAGCAGCAGGACACCGAGUUUGUUGAUGAUAGCUCGUCUAUGAUGAGCUGGCACACGAAGGACACGGCAGAUAUGGCCAUGGUGGUUUGGAGGGGGAAGAAGAGCUUGACGGGCGUUGUCAAGGACUUGGACGAGUAUUUCUUGAAAGCAUCCGCUGUGGUGAAGGAUAUCGCUGUUUUCAUAGAUAUUAAUGCAGGAGGCACCUUCCUUUACCAGAGCAUCAAUGAGAGCAAGAGGAAGAGAAGCAAUUCAGCAAAAGUUUUCAGUGCCUUAAAUUGGUCGUGGUCGUCUAAAUCGCUUCAAUGCAAUAGAGAAACGGGAGAUAUGCUUGGAUCCGGUGAGCCCUGCAAGCCCGGAGCUCACUGUAUUACACUCGAGAAACUUUAUUCAGAGGAACAGAAACUCUAUAAGGAUGUUAAGGAGGAAGAGAUUUCUAAGGUGGAGUAUGGGAGAAAAUCUCUACUGCUGCAGAAACAAGACGAAGAGCACGACUGGACCAAGGCGGAGAAGACACGCUCCACGUUUGAAAGUUUGCAAUCUUACAUCUCGUCUCUCCAAGAGUCGAUUGGCAGGUCUUCUUCGACCAUACUCACGCUCGUGAACAAGGAAUUGCACCCUCAGUUGAUCACGCUGGCUUCAGGACUGAUGCACAUGUGGCGAACGAUGUACAACUCUCAUCAAGUUCAGAAUCACAUAUCUCAGCAGCUGAAUCAUCUCACGGAUCAGCAGACCGUGGAGCCGACUACUGAAUCCCAGCGGCAGGCUGCUGGUCAGCUGCAGACAGAAGUAACGUCGUGGCACCACAGCUUCUGCAAGCUCGUGAAGUACCAGCGUGAAUACGUAAGAACGCUCUGCAAGUGGACUGAGCUCACUAACUACAUCGAAGGCUCUGAUACACGUCAAAGCGAAUCACCAACGCUGCAUACCCUUUUGGACAAAUGGCAGCAAGCACUGGAUAAAUUGCCGGAUAAGAUGGUGUCUGAUGCCAUCAGGGGUUUACAGUCAGUUGUUCACUCCAUCAUCUUGCAGCAGCAACACGAAUGCGACUUACGCAAGAGAUCUGAGAAGCUUGUGAGGAAAUUGGAGAGGGAACUCACUUUUCUUGCAGAAUUGGAGAUGAAGUUUGCAGGGAGCAUCUCCAUCGAAGAUACCAAGCAUCCGUUAAUAGUCAGGCGAGCGAAAGCUGAAGCGUUGAAGAGCUUAGCCGAAGACGAGAAAGCUAAGUACUCGAGUUCUGUUAAAACGACGAGAGUCAUGAUCCUGAGCAACCUAAAGACAAGCCUGCCAAAGUUGUUUCAAGCACUGGUCGUGUAUUCGAGCGCCUACUGCCACAGCUUCGAGGCGAUCCUCAGCUACACGACGAUGUCAGAAUCCGACGACAUGCAGACUACAGCUUCUGAAUUUUAACUGGGAAGAUGCAGUUCUGGUUAGGACCAGACAUGAAUAUCACAGUAUUGUACUUAGAAAUUGACAGACCUUCUCUGUGUAACAUGAGCUUUUCUUGAUAUAUAACUGGAUUCUUGAUAUGCAACAAAA